AUUUGGACGCAUGGAUAAAUGAACCGCUUCCAGAAUCGGCGAAUAGCGAAAGCGAAGAAGAAGAGGAAAGUUACGGCUAUGGAUACGGACAAAAACUAGGUGGCAGCGGAGAUUUAAUAUUCUCAAGCGGUAACGGAACUUCUAUAGGAAGGCGUAGGGGCAGAAAAUCAUCCAAAUAUGAAAGUGAAGAGGAUGAAGAAACGAAAGAACGACGUCGAAAUGAGAGAAGAGAGAGAAUUAAAAAUGAUCCGUUCUACAUUGGUGACGGAAAAAAGUUGCCGAAACGAUCAAAUCUUGACUCAUCAAAUCGUAACAAGGAAGAAAUUGACGUGGAUUCCAUACCCGUUGUACAGUUGACGAUGGAUGAAUUUGAUCUUAAAUUGAGCAAUAAAAAAUCACAAAAGUCAAAAAAAUCGAAAGGUUCCAAAGGAGAGAAACGGCAAUCUCAGUCUCCACCAUCGGCACCGCCUGUCAUCUACACUGACAUUGGUGAGAUGCCUGAGAAUGCUACCUUGUCCGAUGAAGAUAAAGAAUCAAAGUCUGUCGAUUUAAAUAAAUCAUGGGCAUCUUCAUUAAACAGAAACAAUGGAAUUUGGGACGUAGAUUUUUCAGGCGUGGCGAACAUUGAUUUAUCAACUCCGCUUGGUGAUGAUGAGAAACUUCCACAAAUGGCAGUAUACCUUUCUCCCGAAGAAGUAAGAAGGCAAGAAGAGGCAAGAGUGCGAAGGAAAUUGGAGGAAAGGCGUUUGAUGUUGGCGAAUGAACGGAUUCCAAGGACAAAAAAAACAAAGGACGAGAAACUUAAAAUAAAGACUCCU